AUGAAGAUGUGGAACGACAACGUUUCAGAAUGGUGCCAAACUCUGGUUCAUCUCUACCUGGACGAGGCAAAAAUAUGCGUCACCAAGCACCCUUAUGCCGUGGGGUUACUCGUACCUGUCCUCGCGCUGCAACCAUUCCACUACCCCCGUCUCGUCUCUUUCCUCAACCGCGUCUUCGAGAUAUAUGUAUCUAUCCUGCUUGCUAUCCUGCUUCUGUACAUUGUGGUAUCUUUCCCUGGGUUCAUGGUAAUUGCAGUAGACCAUGCUCGCUCAUACUUAUAUGUGGCGAAGAUGUUCGUUAUGGAACAUCCCUACGGCACGGGGGUCAUCUUACCCGCCGUUCUGCUACAGCCAUUUCACUUCCCAGGUCUUGUUGCCUCACUGGAUCGCAUGCUUAACAUCUAUCUCUUCACCCUUGUCGUUACCUCGCUUCUCUACGUUGGAUUCUUUCUUCCUCGCUUGGUGAUGAUGAUCGGUGCCAUCGCUUGGACCUUUGCAUUCCUCAAUGCACCUGGCUAUUAUGUUUCUCAGACCUCGGUCCUCAGCCCUGGUACGAAGCAAGGUAUUACCCAUCAAGGCCGAGAGCAUUUGAAUAUCGAUGUCAGAGAUCAUAGUAAUCGCCUCGAAUUCAUUGAGUGUCUUUCUUGCCGCUUCCGUUCGGAGAACAAAGAGAAGUCGCCAAAGAAGAGCUGA